AUCCAAUUGGUUCCUCCCUUCGAUAUUAUCAUUCCAUCUUCUGGUGGUCGGCUCUGUUGGGCUUUUCCGCUGUCUACUUCCGCCAGUCGAAAUAGACCCCCCGCAAAUCGAUGCUCCUGUCGUUUCGUGCUUUUCUUUCCGCAGCCGCGACACGGGGACAUUUUGACGAGUUUUUAACACAAUCGCAUCAACGUUAACACCGUCGAAACCUGAUCCGCACGAUUUGAGCUGAAACUGGACACCGCUGAUGUUUCAGCGUCCUCCCGUGGGCUGCGCUGCGCAGUGAUACCACACUGGAACCCGACAAUGUGGAGGCUGUUAAAAUGUCUUCUCGGGGAAUGAGACGCGAGCUUUUUCUCUAACGAUCCGAGGACCAGAGCAACACCAGAGUAAUGGUUCGUGUCGGAGACGUGAUUUCAGUUGUGUGACGAAGACGGCAGCGAGCUGAGGCGGCGGUGGAGCGGUUCGUUUCGCCUUUCGUCAUCUACAUCAAACCCGCGGCAGUGAGUCCGGACCACGGGGGGAAGGAAGGACCCUCUCCAUAACUUUGUGUUUUUUCCUCGCUCCACUCCAGCCGUUCAUUUCUCCCUGUUGGAUGCCACAUCACUGAAUCCAGUCACUUGCUGAGACUGAAAGGACAAGUGAACAGCAGCAGAGCAUGGCUGCAGUGGAAACAGACAAGGAGCUCAACGACUUGCUGGAUUUUAGCGCGAUGUUUGCGCCUCCAGCUUUAAAUGGCAAGAACCGGCCGACUACUCUCGCCAGCAGUCAGUUUGGUGGUUCAGGUAUAGAUGAGAGGAGUGGGUCCAGUCACUGGGGACCAGGACAACAGAACGGUCCGUCUUUCAACCAGGGACGGGGUUAUGGAGAAGAAGGUCUUUACAAUGAACAGCAGGGUAUGGCCUCUGCCCCCAUAUUUGGACCGGGGAUUGUUGGGAAGGCUGAUCGAGGGCCGUACUCGUCAUUCACAGCACAGCCUGGCUUUAUGCCCAAUGGGUUACCAAUGCCCAGUCCUGAUCCGCUCUCCCCGUCUGGCCUGAAGUCUAACUCCCAGUUUUAUUCCUCCUAUGAGGGGAGCAACCCUCGCAGGAGACCCUCACAGGACCCCAUUGAAUCACAGCCAAAAAAGAUCAGGAAGGUGCCCCCUGGCCUGCCCUCCUCAGUUUAUGCAUCAGCCUCAGGAGAGGAUUUUAACAGGGACAAUGCUGGUUACACAUCCUCCAAGGCAGGAAACGUGUACCCACCACCUUUCUACAUGCAAGAAGGCCUCCACCCACCCUCCGAUCCAUGGGGCUCUGCCGGGUCGAUGGUUCAGCCUGGUUUUUCUUCCAUGCUGGGCAACACCCCCCAUAUGAGCCAGCAUGGACCCUUCACAGCCAUUAACCCCCAAGACAGACUGAAACGUCAACCACUGCCCCUCUCUCCACAAAACUACCCCCUGCAUGGCAGCGAGGUGAAUGGGGCUCAUCCCGCUGGCUUCCACUCUGGUUCCAGCAGCUUUGGUGUUUCCAACCACACACCCCCUAUUGUUGGAAGUGACACUAUUAUGGCCAAUCGGGGACCAGCACCUGGCAGUUCAGGUGAUGAGAUCGGAAAGGCCCUGGCAUCAAUCUAUCCUUCAGACCCGAACAGUAACGGCUUCCCUCCAUCCCCAUCUACUCCCUCUUGCUCACCUCAGGGUGUUUCAGGCUCUGCGUCUCAGUGGAAUCGUUCCUCUGGCCAGGCCACACCUUCACCUAACUUUGACAGUGGUAUUCAGUCCAUGAGCAAAAUGGAGGACCGUCUGGAAGAAGUCAUCAAUGUUCUUCAGCGCCAUACCAACAGCCAAGGAGUUCCAGGAUUGGCCGAAAUGCACAGUCUGCUGGCGUCUGGUUUAGGGCUUCCUCCUGGCUUCAACACUGCAGCACUUGGAUUGGCCAGUCGCCUUCCUGGACUGGUGUCUGGUCACCACGAGGACUCUGUUGGUCUGCCCUCUAGUGGAGGACUUCUGCAUGGUCACCAUGGCUCCACAUCUGUUCCAGGCUCUCAGCCUGAGGGUUUUACUGGUCUGAGCAGCAGCGUACAUCGUUCCAGUGCUUCAGAUAUCAAAAAAGAAGGCAAGGAGGAUGAUGACAACUGCUCCAAUACUGACAAGUCAGAGGACGAGAAAAAAGACAUGAAGGCCCGACUUCAAACAAGUCUGGAUGAUGAUGAUGAUGAGGAUGAUGACGAAGAUCUGCCAGUGGAGAUUAAGGUUGAGCGGGAGAAAGUGCGGAGGAUGGCAAACAACACCCGCGAGCGGCUACGCGUGCGGGACAUCAACGAGGCUUUUAAGGAGCUGGGCCGCAUGUGUCAGCUCCACCUGAGCUAUGAGAAACAGCAGACCAAAUUGAUCGUACUGCAACAGGCCGUUAACGUUAUAGUCAACCUGGAGCAGCAAGUUCGAGAACGCAAUCUGAAUCCAAAGGCUGCCUGCCUCAAGAGGAGAGAGGAGGAGAAAGUGUCAGGUGUGGACCCCCAGAUGCAGCUCGGUGGGGGUCACCCUGGUUUAGGUGGAGAUGGACACAACCCUGUUAGCCAUAUGUAAUUCUCAGUUCCUGUUGAUUAUACAGCCCUUAGAACACGUGGCCUUAAUCCAUCAUUGUCAUGCAUCUCGGUAUGUUAAGCAACUUUUGGAAAGUGUGUGACACACACACACACACACAYACACACACACACACACACACACACACACACACACACACACACACACACACACACACACACACACCACAAAUACUGACAAAGCAGGUGGCCACAUCCCUGAUGAAGAAGCACACCCAUCCAGAAAGAGACAAAAGACAUUGUACUCUUUACAUGACAAUACUUUGAACCAAGGACUCUGGUUUGGAGACUGGAAAUUGGACAUGAUACAGGACUUUCUUGUGAUGUUUUGUAAAACAUUUUGAAAAAAAAAUGCAUUACAUGUUGGGAGCAAAACUUGUUUGGAUCAAAUAAAACUUUUGGAUCAACUGCUCAUGUGAGCAGAGUUAGGAUUUUCAUCGUUGGAUAAACAUUGGCAUUCCCAUCUGAAAAGAAGGUCUUACAUUCUAUAGAAGUAAAGACGGACAUCUGAGUUUAUGUUGUGUCUGAACAAAUACCUGUUUAAGCACAGGCCUGAUGCAUAGUGUUUGUUGAAGAUAAAAAAUCAGUCACCAUGGCUAUCCUCUAAUAUAAUGACUGAAUAACUGAGGCAGGUUUGGAGACACAGGGGGAGGAUCGAGUCACUGACUGGCCAAUCAUAGAGCUGACUCCCCUUUUUGAUAUGCUGGUAAUCCUGGCUGUAUUUUUUUUAUUUGUUGCUUUGCUAAAACGUGCCACAGUCAGUGACCUACACACGUGGUGGGAAAUCUUUCUUUUAAACCAUGGAUCCCUGCUUCUUGUCUCUUUAUGUCCUGUACAUGUGCUUUAUUGUCACUGCCAUGUAAGUGGAAUGGAAAGAUUUCUGAAGAUAGACCCACCACUGGCACAAACACAAAAUGAAUCCACACGCAUGUUCAAUAACAUGUGGACAUCCCAACCUUCCCUCUGUGAGGCUGCUGUUGGAUUCGAGCACACAAGUCUCUUCAAAUCUUAAACCGUCACUCAGUCUCAGCCAUGUGGUCAUCAUAAUGCCUCUGACUCACAUCAGCCUGCCCACAACAGAUCAUAUGUAAACACUGUUACGACGUGUUGAACUUGUAAGUCUCAGAGCAGUUUCACACAGAAAUAACUGCGUAUUGAAGGGGUCAUGAGUGUUACUGCUACCUUUCCCAUUGACUGACUUGUUCUGGUUGUUGCUCCUUGUUGAGCAUUUAGGGAUUUGUUUAUUUCUCUCCCUUUCGAACAAUUGCAAAGCAUGUUGUAAGGAUCUUCCUAUUGUAGAACUGAUUCAACGUUUCUUUUCUCCUUUGUUUUCUUUUUUACUUUGUAAUAUAGAUGUAUGAGUUUUGUUUUUAUCAUUUGGAAUGUUCUUUCUUUUUUUGUUUACAUUGAUUAAAUGUAAGAUGACUCUCAGUUUAGAUUCCAGGAACAAAGUGAGGUGUUUUAUUUUUGUGCCAGGUGCUUAGAAAUGUUAGAAAUGACAAAAUGAUCUGGCUGUACCAUCACAUGUUGUGAUAUUGCUCUUUUUUUUUAAGAAAGAAAAUGCAUUUGAACACAGACCCGUCAGGCCAGUUGUAAGUGAAUUGUUCUGGUGUUUGCAACAGUUUUUCUUUGAAUGAAACAACAAUUUCUUUCUCCUGCAUACACCCCUCUCUUCUCCCUGACGUGCAGCUCUGUGAUGAGCUUGUUGCUUGGUUUGAGGAAGGGGCAGAAGGGGUUGGUCAAUCUGCAACAUAAUUCAGUGUUUCAUUAUGAAAGGAAGCAUAAAAUGAAUCAAAAAGGGUGGCCUUAGUCAUUUCCCUGACUUUGGGAGUUUUGAUAAUGGUUACUCACCAGUGCCUGAAUACUUCUCUGCUACAUGGUGGAUAAUGUUGCAUUUAAGGAUUUAUAAGUUGUACCUUUUCUAUAAUACAGAUGUAUAAAAACAUAUAUACUUCAGUUACAUCUGACAGUGUCUCUGAACAUCUAAAUGAAGAAUUACACUCAUCGAUACUCACUGCUUCAGUGUCUGUCAUUAGAUGUAAGUUGAGUAAUAACCUGGUCUUCGACUUGACACUGAAAAACUUAAAUCUUCUCAUGUAUUAUGUACUAGUUCUGUUAAAUAUAAUUUUGGUCUUGACUGGCAUGUGCAUUGAUAUGUAUGUACAGCUGUAUGAUGUGUCCUUAUCUGCUUAAUCAUUGUAAGCCGAUACUGAUAUGUGACAGUAUUUGUUUUACCUCUACCUGUCAGUUCUUUACAAAUCUUGCCCCAUGGACUAGCCCAAACUUUAUUUUCUUUAUCAGUUACCCUAACCAUUCUGCAGGAAAAAUGUGGUGUUGUUGUGAUAUGGAAAAUCGCUACUGAAGACCUGUGCAUUUUUUUCUUAACAUGACAGAUAUGUUUGUCUACAGUAUCCAAGUUUCAAGAUACACACCUGAUAUUCUUUGUUGACAAACCCUUUUCUGUCCUGCACAGUGGGUGACCUGCAACAUAUCUCUGUCUUCACUCAUGUUUGGGGACAACAUCUAUGUAGGCUAUGUCCUCAAAGUGCCUCCAGUUUCCUAUUUUUUUAUAUAUAAAGUAGAUACCGAGGACUGUUGUGUCUAAUGUAGCAAUAAAUGUGCCAUUUUUCAUAACAAAGCGCAUUUUUUCCAGUGACUUUUUCAAUAAAUCAAAUAACACUUGA